UAUCACCGUCCAACCGGAAGACGGUUCCAGUAAGGCGGUUUCAGUAACGUUCCAGCACGCGUCUCGGUCGGUUCGUAGCCAAACUGCGGUGGUGGUGCGUUCAGUCUGGCUCUGCCGGGGAGUUUGUGUUUGUGCGUUUGGCGCUAGCAGGUGUGUCCGGAAAACAAGCCGUUAAAUUUGACGAAAAUUAAAAAAAAAAUUGGUUAGUUUGAGACUAUGCUGUUAACAAACAAUGUUGAAUUAAGUGAAUAUUUGUGAAUUUUGUUCUGGAUGAAUAAUAAGUAAAAAAAUAAAAAAAUAUGAUAAUGUUAACACAGAAGUUUUUCAAAGAAGAUAAUUGUGAAUUAAACGCAAAAUUGUGAAGAAAAAAUUAAAGUGAAUGGUUAUCAAAAUGUCUUAACGAAUCGUACUCAAAUUCAAGUAUCAAAACAAUAUAGGAUAUAACAACCGUUGGUCACUUUGGUUCGGUAGAGUGAGAAAAUCAAAAAGGAAUCCGUUUAAGACUCCGUCAUCUGUUACCCUGAGCAAAUCCAAACCAGUAACAACUGGGGCAAAAAAGAGCCCGGCGAAAAUAAUAGAAACGCGUGGGUGCACACAGUAAUGCCGAGAGACCAGAGAAAUCGAUUAACCAUUAUUUGAUUGGCAGCGCACACGAGUGUGACACGUGGUGGAAGGGUGCACCCCCCCCCCCCCUUCGUUCCGUCCCCACGUGGAAGCUGCCGCCGUCACUACUCCCGGUUUUGACAUUGCACAAGACUCCUGGACCACAACAACCGACGCAAAACAAGAAGAAGAAGAGCGAAAAAUGUGAUUGUGUAAAAUAACGUUUUUCCCGGUUGUUCCUGUUGCGCGUCGACGACCCCCCCGGAGGCGGUUCCUCUUCCAAGUGCGUACGUGUGUUUGUGUCACGUCGUUGUUGUGGUUGGUAAUUGGCGUGCCAUUGCUUCAUCGCCGCGUCGCGCAGCGACAAGCCAUCCUGAAGAAGAAGAAGAUCCAGUGUUAAGAGUGGGAAAGUGAGGUUAGGUUACGGGGGAAGAAUGUCUGUAUGUGAGAGUGCGCCACAAUAUUUAUAGAGUAAUCUGAGCCACCCCAAGGGGUUAAGAGAGGCCACCCCCUCCUCGAAAACGGGCGAAGAAGAAGAAGAAGAAGAAGAAGUGUUCAGUGUUGCGUGUUCGGUACAAAUCCCGCCAGAGAUGCUGUUGACAGCGGCGUCAGUGUGGCGUUGAUAGUAGCGCUUCCCCCUUCCGCGCGCCAACUCGUGUAGCCGGAAUCAUUAUCGACACCAUUAACGCAGUGUUUGUCAUUAGAGGGCCGCGGGAAGCCGCGCCGGAACAGUAACCGGGAAGAAGAGAAAGAAGAAGUGUUUGAGUGUGUGUGUUAAAUUGAUUCCGUACGGGCGAUCAAUCAUGGUGGUGGCGAUUACGAUGACAUCGCCGAAGGUCGGCGGGACGACAAGUUUACUGUCGGCCACGACGGCCAGCAGUGUUGGAAGUAGCACGAUGGCCGGAACCAUGUUUGACAUCGAAAUGCUGAACGCUACGCUGAGUGGAGUUGUGGAGGGAGUUAGUGACGGAGAGUGGAACAGUACGAGCCAGGCGUUGGUGGCUUACGACGAGUACGAUGUAAUGCGGUCAAACGAUACGGUUCGGAUAGUGUUUAGUCUGCUGUACUCGAGCAUCUUCAUACUGGGGAUCUUCGGGAACGUGCUGGUUUGCUACGUGGUCUUCCGGAAUAAAGCCAUGCAGUCCGUCACGAACUUGUUCAUCACGAAUCUCGCCCUGUCCGACAUUCUGCUGUGCGUGCUGGCGGUUCCCUUCACGCCAUCGUACACCUUCAUCGGACGGUGGAUCUUUGGCAAGCUCAUUUGUCACACGGUUCCGCUCGCACAAGGUUGCAGCGUCUACAUAUCAACGCUGACCCUAACCUCAAUCGCGAUAGAUAGGUUCUUCGUAAUAAUCUACCCGUUCCACCCGCGGAUGAAACUGUCCACCUGCAUCACCAUCAUCGUCCUCAUCUGGAUCUUCUCGAUGCUGGUCACGCUGCCGUACGGCCUUUACAUGCGACACCACGACGACAACAACGGAACACUCCCUAACACAACCCUACCCGCCAACCGAACAUUCUACUGUGAGGAACUCUGGCCCUCCGAAGACAUGCGCAAGGUCUUCUCUAUCGUGACCUCGAUCCUGCAGUUUGUGCUUCCCUUCAUCAUCAUGGCGUUCUGCUAUGUGUGCGUCUCAAUUCGACUCAACGACCGAGCCCGCACAAAGCCCGGUUCCAAAACAACCCGCCGCGAAGAAGCCGAACGGGACCGCAAGAAGCGCACCAACCGCAUGUUAAUCGCCAUGGUCGCCAUCUUCGGCAUCUCGUGGCUCCCCCUGAACCUCGUCAACAUGGGCAACGACUUCUACUCCGACAUCAACGAGUGGCCCUUCUACAACCUGCUAUUCUUCAUCGCCCACCUCACCGCCAUGAGCUCGACCUGCUACAACCCCUUUCUGUACGCGUGGCUCAACGAAAACUUCCGCAAAGAGUUCAAACAGGUCCUACCCUGCUUCGACCCGUCCCGCGGACGCAGCACCGUCAGCACCCGCCGGUCCGAGCACCGGACCUGUAACGGCAACAACGACACUGUUCAGGAAACCCUCAUCCCAACCUCACAAAUCCUCUCAGCCGCAGCCAUCUCAACCCGAUCCCCCAACAACACCACCACAACCACAACCACCACCACCAGCGAUUCCACCACCAAACAAUCCGUCGACUCAAUCCUGCUCUCAGAAAUCGGACCACCCUCGUUCCUCUCCGCAAAUCCACCCCUGCUCCCCUCGAUCCAGAGCCAAGAAACUAUCGUACUCCCGUCCGGCGUUCUGGAAACGCCCUUCGAAGUUCAGCUCCCACCACCGACAACUGCCAACGGGAGUAGCAACGGCAGCAGUUCCGUGGGGAAUGGUGGACUGCAGCAGCAGCAGCAGCGGAGUCCAAAUCCGAAGCUGCAGUCGCUGAUACUGAUCAACGAUGGCACGUGCGGGGACACCAAGGUGCCGGAGAUACUCUAGACGGCGGUUUAGAGUGAGGCUCGGCGGGAGUGAACGGGAGAGAUUCGUGCGUGUGUGUAAUUUUAAGAAACAUUCCCAGCCCAAAGACUAACGCGCAAAUCAACGAGGAAAAGCUUGAGGAAAGACAAACACAAAACCAACCGAAAUCAAUCAAAUCGAAAACAAACAAACUAGUAGCAGACCUUCAACUUCUGGGCCCGAGGUGGAAGGUCCAUCUUGGAUUUGUUAUUUGUUUUCGAAGGAAUCGAAACAGCAUUAGGCAGCUUUCGGCAAAGUAAAGAAAAAGUGAGGGAAAAAAUCAGCCAAAUUUGAACAUGUAAUUCCUCGUUAGGCGAAAUCAAACAAAAUCAAUUUAUUACCUGUGUACAGAGAAGAAGAAAAAGUUUAGCAAAAACAAAUGAAUCGCUUAUAGUUGAUAUACUCUUAGCUUGACUGAUUAUGAAAAAAGAAAACUAGCAUUUAAGUGCGUUACACCUUAAGAUCGAGUUCAAUUUCCAGCCACAUGUGGAUUAAAAGGUUUUAAAAUUGUUGUCAACUUGAGAUAAGAAAAAAGAAGCAUUUUCUAUUACAAAACAAAGGAAAACUAUCAAACUGUUGCGUGUUAAAUGUUUACAGCAAAACAAAAGACAACCAAAUUCGAAUCUGUAUCAAAUAAAGCAACAAAUUAGAUUGUACUAGCGGAAGAUGUGAGUUUAACAAAGAAUUUCUGUGAAUAAACAUUUUAAAAACAACGUUGUUACUAAGAGUGCAAGCUUUUGUACAUACUGAACGGUGAGCAGCAACUUAACGAAGCAAAUCGAACGAGUAGUCUAACGGCCAACAAAGAAAAACAAAAACAAAAAACAAUAGCUGAUAUUUAUCAAAUUUGUGCUAGGACGCAACUGUUAGACAAACAAAGUGACAAAUCUUUCAACUGAAAAAAAAUCUCUCUACCUUAUUGUUAUAACUUUUUUUUUGCGCUAAAAACUUCUGUCAAAUUCAGAUUGAAAGAAAUCUUUCUGUCUCAAUUUUCAUCGAGAGCGGGUGGAAUUUUUGAUUUGACGACCCAAAACUCACCGAAGGCAAACAGAAGAAAGAAAACUUUUGAGUGAAUUUAUUUAAUGAAAAGGGAGGGCAGAAAAGGAGCUAGUCAACGGUGGAGUUACGCGAAAAGUUGAAAAAAAAAAUAAAAAGGCGCAAACUUUUGUGAAAUAAAUAUGAUUUAUUAAACAAU